UUGAGGACUGAGGCAGUGUUCAUAGUUUUCAAUUUAAUAGAAUACGUGUAUUAUGUGUUUUUAUCAACAAUCCCUUGUAUUAAGAUUUAUCUGAGGGUGUAGUGCUGUGUUUAUUUUGUAUAUAUCCAUAUAUACUUAUUAACUUAUGUUUUAUAAUGUAAAUGAAUGUGAAAAUCGUGUUUGGACUGAAAUCAAAUUGUCGGUUAUUCGCUAUCAGUUUUUAAGUGUGUAUUGUACUAUGAGCGUAUGUUGUUAAUAACAUCGCAUACUAUAGAAUACUUAAAAGGUGUAUAGUCUGGUAUCAUUGAAUAUCCAACAUGGAGUCGAGUAGUAUUCGCUUCACGGCGGCGGAGGGGGGAGCACGUCUUGCAGCUAACGCCGGAUCCCAGAAUGUUCUGGUCACUGAGCACACAUCCUUCGUGGCUACCAGCGUGCUUUUAGAACACGCUUACAUGAUACGAGGUCCCCUUACAUCUGAACGUAAACGUUCAUUCUACAUAACACGCGCUACCCGCACACGAUGCACGGCGCACGAGCUAUCAAUACUGACGGAUCUCAAAGUGAGCAGGGUCAAUGACAUCCAAGAGGUGGACGAUUGGGCCAUGGAGGUUGAUAAUAAGGAGGUAUUUGUGUGCACUUCGACGGUAUUCAAGCACGUCUUGCAGGAGAGGAUUCUAACUAUGCAACAGAUAAACGUACUGAUAAUUGACAGUUGCCAUCUCAUAUUCAAGGAUCAAGAUUUGCAAUACAUAAUGACCUGUUACAAGGAAUCCGAUGAAUCUAGCAGGCCGCGUAUAUUAGCGUUGACGUAUCCGUUGUUUACGUUACCAAAAGAACACGAAGGUGACGCUAAAGAUGAUGACGAUGAUAAUCAUCACAACGAAAUACCCAACGGUGAUGACGAUGAUGACGUCGAGAGAGAAAUAGAAAAUAAUGAUAAAGAACAGAUUGAGAACGGUGAUGAGAGGGACAGCGAUUGUGAUAAUAUAGAUGAUUUCGAUAUGUACGAAAAAUUGGAGUGGAAAAUUGAGGAAUUGGAGAAAAGCUUGUGCUGCAAGAUGGAUCUAGCUGAAGAUAUCGACAGCGGGAAACGCAUGUCAUCCUCAUUGGCGAAGCCCAAAGAGGUUAUAAUAGAGUACAGUCCCCGCACCAAAAGUCCAGAACUACCAGCUGAUUAUAUACAGCUGGAGGAGUAUAUGAGGGAGUCCGUCAAAAGUGCGCUGGACUUCAUAAAUGAGCACAGGUACGACCCCACGGAGAUCUACGGCGAAGAUAUGUAUGAGGAGUUCAAAAACAUCCCCGACCCGACCCUCGAGCCCAAGGCCAUAUUCAAGCAGUUCCUAUACGUGCUGGACCAACUCGGCCCUUACGCGGCGGACAAAGCAGCCUUCUCGCUGCUCAUCAAAUUGGAAAAACUUAAAAUCAAAGUGCCAUACGAGAGACAUUUUCUUCUUUUGUGCGUGUGUACUUCCGUUUUCGUAAAGAUAAGAUGUUACACAGACAGCGUUCUGUCAAAGUAUGAUAACGAUUGGGAAAAGAUAACCACAUUCUUGACUCCGAAGAUGCUCAGAUUAGCUGAGAUUUUAGAGCAAUUCUAUCAGAACGAAUCGUCAGACAAAGCAGAGAAUGAAAAAGACACGAAAAAUUGCAUCGACGAUAAAGUCGAAGACAAUGUUAAUAAAGUUAUAAAUGACAACUUGAAUAGAGAUAACACAAACGAUGUCUCAGAUCAGUCCAACGAGGCGAAAGCAGAUGUAUCGAAAACUAACGAGCUUUUAAAUGAAAUAGAAAAAUGCGAUUUCGUAACGCUUGGCAACAAAAUCGAAGACAGGGUUCAUAUGUACGAGGCUAAUCUUAAAGACUAUGAAGAAAACUAUAUGGGAGAUAAAGUAACAAAUAGCUUGUGUUCGGUAGUUGAGAACAGAAUUGGUGAAAGUGACAUAAAAGUUGAUGACAGUCUUAAAAUGGAUAACGUUAUUGAUGUAAUGAGUGAGUCUCCGAAGUUCAAACGGCAGGGUCAUAGGUCACGCGGUCGGGGUCGAGUGCCAAGGGUGAACAAGGUCCAAAUGCAGGCAAACCCAGACGCGCUCUGUGGUAUUGUGUUCGUGAAGGAGCCUUUGAUGGCAAAGAUAUUGUUCAUGUUAAUUGUGGACUUAUCUCGUUCCCGUCCCACGCUGUCACAUCUAUGCGCCCAGUACUGUACUGAUGAUGGAGACGCCAAAGAACAUAGGCGACAUGAGGAAGUGCUUAAGAAGUUCCGUAUGCAUGAAUGUAAUCUAUUACUAGCGACGUCGGUGCUCGAAGAAGGUAUAGAUCUGCCCCGGUGUAAUCUCGUUGUGAGAUGGGAUUUGCCACCUUCGUACCGGUCACAUGCUCUGUGCCGAGGUCGAGCACGCGCUUGUCGUGCUGCGGUCACGUUACUGUCGAAGGCCGAAACGCAUACUGAUCGGCUGCUACAUCAUCUCGCUAUUUAUAGGGAGCUAGAUCAGAUAAUAACAAGGAAAUGCGGCUGCGGAAUCCAAUAUGAACCUCCGCAGGAGGAAGAACAUCACGCGGAUACAGUUGCUUUCAUGGUUAAAUCCUAUACACCUUUAGAGAAUAAAGUCAAAAAACUUGAAACUAUAGAAAGCGACGAUAUAAGCGAUAAUGUUAGCCCGUGUUUAGAAAAUUCUUUGAAUGAUACUAAAGAAAACGUAGUUUUAGGUGAUAGUGAGAUAGAUAAUUGUAUUACAGAAAACGAAGACUGUACCAAAGAUAAUAAUAGUAAGAUAUGCCAAGACACUGUAACAGAAAACGAUGUUAAUAUUAAGGCACUUAGCGAAAUCUUAAUCAAUGGUGACAAAGAUACUCUUGGUGAACGUAUGAAAGAUUUACAAAAUAAAAUCGAAUCAGAGGCAUCGUUAGACGAAAUAUCCGAAGGAAUCGCAAAUAUUGAAGUCAAAGAUGAUUCGGACGUAAACAAAACAUUAGAUUUUCGCGAAAACGACAAAAAACUAGAGAACAUAAAGUACGAAUAUAAAAUUAAAAGUGGCAACGAUGAAACUUUGGCGAGCGUGGAUCUAAAUACAGCUAUAGCAUUGAUAAACAGAUACUGUGGUAAACUACCCUCGGAUACGUUCACACGUCUAACGCCUCAGUGGCGUACUGAGCGCGUUAUUCUGAACGACCGUCGAGGCGAGCCGCGCGACGCGUAUGUAUGUACACUGAGGAUGCCGUUGAACUGUCCCGUGAAGUUUAACAUCGUGGGUCAUCCAAUGCCAACGAGGUCGUUGGCUCGUCGGAUGGCUGCUCUGUUGGCGAGUAGGGCGUUACAUCGCGCUGGGGAACUUGACGAUCAAUUGCUACCAAUAGGUAAAGAAAACUUCAAAGCCGCUGAAAUGGAGAACAUAAAUUUGGAAGAAUCGGGUGAGAACGCGCGACCGGGGACCACGAAGCGCAGACAGUAUUACUAUAAACGGACGGCAUCUGCGUUCACGAAUUGUAGACCAGUAGUGGAAUAUACGGACGAAGACAUAGAAAAAAAACCUCAUACUUGCGAUGAGGGAAAAGUUGUGUCUCGUAACACGCUGUACGCGAUAGAAUCACGACUCUGCUGCGCUCUGCCCGAGAGGUACAACACUCGCGGCAGACGGUUGCACGCGCCGCAGAAUGCCAGUCAGGCUAUAGGAAUACUCAUGUUAGGAGGAACUAGACUGCAAAUACCCGCGUUCCCGAUUUAUACGCGUUCGGGAGAAGUACGUGUGAGAGUUUGUUGCGCGCCCCACGCUGACGUGAGACUCACAGAUACAAGGGUCACGAGAAUAACACGCUUUAUGGAGUUUGUUUUCUCGGACGUCCUUCGAGUGCGACGCCGCGGCAUGAAGCUCGCGGACACUACUCACAAUAACUACUACGUGGUUCCGACCGUUAAGAAAACAACAUCCGAUGGCGCCACAUGGAUAGACAUAGACUGGCCUUUCUUAGACUUAAUAUAUCAGCACACAGAAGAGAAGAGAUGUUUAGAAAUAGAGAAGCCCAUGUUGUGGGAAGAAGAGAAGAAGAAAGAGGAGAAGAAGGGAAAGAAGAUUGAAAAUCCGCUGCUUAAACCAGGAGAGGUAUUCGUGUUUGACGCGGAGAAGUACAAGGAAGCGGUCGUGACGCCCUGGUAUAGAAAUCAGGAUCAGCCUCAAUUCUUCCUGGUUGCGGAGAUAUGUUGGAACCUGACGCCGGAGUCGUCGUUCCCGUCAGCGCAACACGCGAGUUUCCGCUCGUACUACAAGAGCAAAUACGGCGCUGAACUGACACAGAGCAAUCAGCCGUUACUCGACGUGGACCACACGAGCGCUAGGCUGAACCUGCUAACACCACGGUACGUGAAUCGUAAGGGCGUGGCUCUACCUGUGUCGUCGGAGCGCACGCGUCGCGCGAAACGUGAUCGUCUCGAUCAAAAACAGAUUCUAGUUGCGGAGUUGUGUAUGAGACAUCCUUUCGCUGCGCCUCUAUGGUGCGCAGCGGUUGCGUUACCAUGCGCUUUGUACCGUAUAAACGCGCUGUUGCUCGCUGAUGAAGUGAGGCGUGCUGUGUCAAGGGAUGUGGGAGUUGGGCAGCCUAGAGAUGACAUAUCAUGGCCGCCGUUGGAUUUUGGAUGGAGUUUAGCGGAGGUUCUGAGCGCUGAUUCUGACAAAGGGGAUAAGAAAAAAGAAAAUGAAAUGAGCGAUUGCUGUUCCAGAGAUGGAGAAAAAGAGAGUAUAAAAGAUACAGAAGAGAGACCGGAAGUCAAAGAGAAGACUAUUAAUGAUAUCUUACAAGAGAAAGAAGACGCCGAAAACGGCUUCGAAAUAGGCACCUGGAGUAAUGACAUGGCGUCCUCAAUACCUUUGGACGAGCUGAUGGAACCCCUACCACCAAACGUCACAUUCUGCACUUCAAGCUCCGGAGGCGCAAAUUGGUCUGAUCCCAUAGACAAACCUAAAAGCGAUUUCAAUCCAAGCCGAGCGUUCUCUAUGGCCGACAGUGAUUGUUCUUACAUGUCCAGCGAUUUCGACACCGACGAUUCGAAUAUGUCCGACAGUGAUGAUGACACCGACACUAGCGGCUUCUGCAGCAGUAAAAAUACUAACGCGGCGAUGGGAGUUAGGAUAGAGUACAAAACCGCUCACGAAGCUGAAGCUGUGGACAUAGAACGUCGAAGGCCUAUCGCGCCGGCCCCUCAACCGGAUGCACUUGAUGACGCUCGUGACUUGAAGGAAUGGGGACAGGUGUUGAGGGAAGGGACCGCCCCAGAAGAGUAUGUGAAGAAGUUCAAGAACGCAGUAUUGAAACACGAAGCCGAUAUAAAGGAUAAAGGUUAUUUAAUUGACAAGGACACACCUAUAGUUGAGUUACUUCCUGAAACUACGAAAGAUUUAGACAAAACUAAUAGUGAAAUAUUGAAAGUAACUAUUAAAAGUGAUUCAAAUUUAAUGAACGGGGACGACACAUCGACAAUAGAAGUUUGUGAUCCCGUUCAUACACAGACUGAUGUACAAAUAAAAGAUAAAAUAGAUAAAGAUAAAAAUAUUACAGAUUUCAUAGACGACAUAUUUCCUUACGGUAAUCUAUUAGAAGUCGAAAACGGUCAAAUAACAUUAGAAUCGAUAGAAAGAAACAAAAGAUUAUUAUUGGCGGAAAUAAAGAAUAGUUUGAGUGAAGAAGAGAUGAAGAAGAUGCAAUGCUUCUCCAUGAAAGACGUUGACAUAGAUUCGCCGGACUACGUUAAUGAGAAAAUAGUGAACGUCGGCUUCGAUACCAACGAGAAAUAUAUAGAUAGGGUCAAUGAUUGGAGUGAACGGGAUUUAAAACCCUAUUACCUAGACAGUAAUGGUAUUAAUGGCAAGGAAUUCGAUUUCGACUAUCAGCCAGACUUGGAGGGACAUCCGGGGCCCAGUCCUAGUGUUAUUCUCCAGGCUUUGACGAUGUCGAACGCCAACGACGGCAUCAACUUGGAGAGGUUAGAGACGAUAGGUGACAGUUUCCUGAAAUUCGCCAUAACAGCGUAUUUGUAUUGCGCUCUACCCGCGGUGCAUGAAGGAAAACUGUCGCAUAUGAGAAGCAAACAGGUUUCAAAUUUGAAUCUAUAUCGUCUCGGUCGCAAUAAACGCCUCGGCGAGCGCAUGAUCGCGUCCAAAUUUGAGCCGCAUGACAACUGGCUGCCGCCCUGUCACCAGCCACCGCCUACCCUACAAAACCAUGGUGACGUCAAGGACGGGGAAAAUGAGCCUCAAGUCGACAGCACCGGCUGUUUUAUACCUUACAAUCUUAUAACACAGCAUAGCAUACCAGACAAAUCGAUAGCCGACUGUGUGGAGGCCUUGAUAGGCGCGUAUCUGUUGGAGUGUGGUCCACGAGGCGCUCUCUUAUUCAUGUCCUGGCUCGGUAUCACGGUGCUGCCAACUCACACGGUGCCGUUGCCAGAGAAUCACCCGUUUGUAGUCAAAAUGAGAAAUAGACAAGAUGACAAAGAGACGGAUAUUAGUGAUGAGGAGGACGAUAAGUGGUGUUGGGACGGACGGCCGCCCGGGAGCCUUAAACCUCACAAGGACAGUGAAGGGCGUUGGGUGCAGACAAUUUAUGGCGCGUUGAAAUCGCCUCCGUCCCCGCUGCUAAGGUACAUCGAAGAUCCCGAGGGAGAGUUGGAGCGGAUGCUAUCAGGUUACGAUGCGUUGGAAAACACGCUUCAGUACCGCUUCCGUGACCGCUCGCUGCUACUGACCGCGCUCACGCACGCCUCGUGUCACAACAACACGCUCACGGACUGUUACCAGAGACUGGAGUUCUUGGGGGACGCUAUACUCGACUAUUUGAUAACCCGUCACCUGUACGAGGACCCUCGCCGCCACUCUCCCGGCGCCCUCACGGACCUGAGGUCAGCUCUCGUCAACAACACCAUCUUCGCGACGCUGGCGGCUAGACACGGCUUCCACAAGUACUUCCGCCAUAUGUCUCCAGGUCUCAACGAGGUGUUGACGAAGUAUGUUAAGAUUCAAGAGGAGAACGGACACUCCAUCAGCGAGGAGCAUUAUUUGAUACAAGAGGAUGAAAUGGAGCAAGCUGAAGAUGUAGAGGUUCCGAAGGCUCUCGGGGACUUGUUCGAGUCAGUCGCUGGAGCUAUAUUCCUCGAUUCUGGUAUGUCCCUGGCGGCCGUGUGGCGCGCAGUCGGCGGUCUUCUGCGGGCGGAGCUAGACGCGUUCAGCGCGGCCGCUCCCAAGUCACCCGUCAGAGAGCUCUUGGAAGCGGAACCUGAUACAGCCAAGUUUGGUAAACCGGAACGUCUAGCGGACGGUCGCCGCGUGCGCGUGUGUGUGGAGGUGUUCGGCCGCGGGUCCUUCAAGGGAAUCGGUCGUAACUACCGCAUCGCUAAGGGUACAGCCGCGAGGUGCGCGCUCCGGCACUUACGGUCCGUGAGACCGAGGUGAAGAACCACGUGCGCCGUCCCUCAGACCGGACUUAGUGUUAAUGUUAAGUCCGUGACCGGAUAUAUUAUGCAUUAAGACCGACCGGUCUCUGAGACGGAUUUACUAAUCGGUCUCAGAGACCGAUAACUAUAAUAACCGAUAAUACGAUGUCUCAAACUGUUUUUUAAAAUGCGCCGAUGUAUAGACGUUUUGUAAAUUUCUCUAUUGUAAUGUAUACCAAGCGCUGCAGUCGUGAAGUGAACGAAAUAACCCUCAGUAGAAUAAUGAAUUGAUCGCAUAUAAAAACAUUUUAUAUCUACAAACAUACAGUUUUUUAAUUACAUAUAUAUAUAUAUAUAUAUAAUAACUUGUCAUUUAACUCCACUCCUUCAUAUAAAAAAUUCUAGAAUGUAUACAAAAAAAAAAAAAUCUUAAAAACAGCUGUUUUGUGAUAUUAAACUGAGAAAAUCUCUUCGAAGAAUUAUUUUUCUAAAUUUAUUAUAUAAUAUAAUUCCCUUCAUAUAUAUAUGAGUCGUGCUAUGAUAGACAAUGAAGCGAUACUCACUUGAGGGUAGGCUCUGAAACUAAGCCUAAAAGCCGUUCUAACAAACUAACUUUUCUGAUAAAAUAUUAUAUUUUUAUGAAUUAUGAGAUUUUUAAAACAGUUUUCUGUAAUACGUACUCGAAUAUAAUCACGAAAUACAAAA